AAACAAAAUGUAGGCGUAUUUUGAAAGUAGUUUAUAGGUGAAAUAUACUGGAAAAUUAUUUUUUGUUUAGAAGUUUUAACGUAGACACUUGAAAGACUGGCUUUGGUGGCAAAUUCAUGACAUUUUGGUUGUAAUCUUUUAGAAAUAUAAAGCUGAAUUAAAUGAGAUUUGAGAUUCAUAUUUUUUAUACAUUUUCAAUAAAUAGAAAGCGAAGUUCAGAACAGAUAAGUGUGGGGGCGUUGUAAUGUUUUAGCCCCAAAUGCCCAAUCCAAAACUUGACACUGAAUUCAACUCAUAUUCUGUUUCCUUUCUGCACCUUCCCACAACACUCUUCAUUCUCUCUGUUCUCUCACAAAAACCAAACCAACACUAAUGAUUUCACUACUACCUUGUAACACUUUUCUUCAAACAACCUUUCUCUUUAACCCUUCAAAGCUUCCAAGCACUAACCAAACUCAAACAUGCUUCAUUCCACAAACCAAAACACUGAACAGAAGAACACAAGUGAAAUGCAGUGCAGGAGAAAACCAGGGUGAGAGACGGGCGUUUUUGUCAAUGGAAGAAGCUGGUUUGGUCGAGAUAUCAGGCUUGAGUACACAUGAACGCUUUCUAUGCCGUUUAACGAUAUCAUCCCUGAACUUGCUAAGAGUGAUAUCGGAGCAAGAAGGGUGUCCAAUCGAGGAGCUCAAUGCAGCCAAGGUUUGUGAUUGGUUCCUCAAAGAUAAGCUCAAAAGAGAACAGAACAUAGGCUCUGCGGUUCUUCAAUGGGAUGAUUCCGAGUUCCAAUUUUAAUUAUUUAAUACUCUUUUUUCCUCUGAAUUCAUAAGUUUUAUUGGAUUAUGCAAAUCGAGAAAAGGGUGCCACUUUUUUUUGGAUAUUCGAUUCUGAUAUUCUCAUGGUAAAAGAAUUCGGAAUGUCGAUGCCGUUCAAGUAUAUCUUUUUCUGUUUUUUCUCCACUUCAUAGUUAUUGGAUUACAAUUUCAACCAGUGCUAUUAUUUGAAGGACCUUUCCUCGUUGACAUCA